AUGGUCGAUGGCAAUGCGCAGGCCGUCCUAGCUAGCGGUCUCGCCGCCGUCACCCACAACACCUCCCACCCGUUGCACAACCCGACUUCGCGUCAGCCCUUUUGUGCUGAUGUUGAAGGAUGGGGCCCUCUCAGCUCCAUCAGGUUCGACCUGACGCCCUGCUUUCUGGAUGUCUGGGUCGCCAUCACUGCCGCAUGGGGUAUUCUGCUGGGCGCCGGCGCAUUGUGGUUUCUAUUCACCAAGCGUGAGGCACAGCCAGUGACGAAGAACUGGCAUUUCUAUGCCAAGUUGACUGUCCUUGCCGCUUUGAUCGUGACCUCUGCCCUCCAAGCCUGCAUCCAAUUGGAAUCCAACCCUGGGCUUUGGGCAUCGGAUUUUCAAUUCUGGACGUCUGUGCUGACCAUCGCUUCGCUGGGUGUAAUCUUUGCCGUGCAGUAUCACGAGCACUGGCGAAGCAGACAGCCCAACGGGGUGGCCCUCUUCUAUUGGGUCCUCUUCAUCGCUACCUACGCUGUGAAGUUGCGAUCGCUCGUUGCCCGCGAAUUGUUCCGCACUAAUCUCCCGUACUUCAUUGUGUUCAAUAUCAGCCUGGGUCUUGCCAUACUAGAGUUUAUCUUGGAAUACUUUAUCCCGAAGAAGAAGAGCGCGUACGACGCCUUGGGGACGGAGGACGAGUGUCCUUAUGAAUAUGCCGACAUUUUUUCGGUCUUGACCUUUGGCUGGUUGACACCGUUGAUGAAGUACGGUUACAAAAACUAUCUUACUCAGGAUGACCUGUGGAACCUGCGCCAACGAGACACCACUAAAGCCACAGGUGGUGCUCUAGAAGACGCAUGGCAGAGAGAGCUGAGAAAGAAGAAACCGUCUUUGUGGAUUGCUCUCAUUCGAGCCUUUGGAGGCCCAUAUCUGCGUGGUGCCAUCAUAAAAUGCGGCAGCGAUGUUCUCGCCUUUGUGCAGCCUCAAUUACUACGUAUCCUGAUAUCGUUUGUUGACUCCUAUCGUGGAGACGAGCCACAGCCGGUUAUGCGAGGCGUUGCUAUUGCCCUAGGCAUGUUUCUCGUCUCUGUCUUCCAAACCAUAUGUCUACACCAGUAUUUCCAGCGAGCAUUCGAGUCUGGAAUGCGUGUGAAGUCGUCGCUUACGACCAUGAUCUAUGCAAAAGCCCUGAGAUUAUCCAACGAGGGCCGUGCCGCUAAAACCACCGGCGAUAUUGUCAACCACAUGGCCAUUGAUCAGCAACGUCUUGCUGACCUGACUCAAUUUGGAACACAGCUUUGGUCGGCGCCAUUCCAGAUUGUACUUUGCAUGGUCUCCCUCCACCAGCUCAUCGGGAACAGCAUGUGGGCUGGUAUUGGAGUCAUGAUUCUCAUGGUUCCCUUGAAUGGUGUCAUUGCCCGCAUGAUGAAAAAGCUGCAAAUUAUUCAAAUGAAGAACAAAGACUCUCGGACACGACUCAUGACCGAAAUAUUGAAUAAUAUGAAGAGCAUCAAACUUUAUGCUUGGAAUAAGGCUUUCAUGGCUAAACUCAAUCAUAUUCGUAACGACCUUGAGUUGAAUACCCUUCGAAAAAUAGGAGCAACGCAGGCGGUUGCCAAUUUUACUUGGUCGUCAACUCCGUUUCUCGUCUCCUGUUGUACAUUCACAGUGUUUGUGCUCACCAAUGAUCGGGCUCUGACCACGGAAAUUGUUUUCCCUGCAUUAACCCUGUUCAACCUGUUGACCUUCCCUCUCACCAUAUUCCCCAUGCUCAUCACCGCCAUUAUCGAGGCAUCAGUAGCUGUCAAUCGUCUGACCGAUUACUUUACUGCAGACGAACUCCAGUCAGAUGCUGUUCUUUUCCAGGAAGCCGCCACGCAUAAUGGGGAUGAGUCUAUUCGAAUUAGGGACGCGUCUUUUACUUGGAACAAGUACCAGGCAGGAAACGUCUUGGAGAAUAUCAAUCUCAGCGCCCGAAAGGGAGAGCUUACCUGUAUUCUUGGCCGUGUGGGAGCAGGAAAGUCAUCACUUCUGCAGUCUAUUCUUGGUGACCUGUGGAAGGAGCACGGAGAAGUUGUCGUUCGUGGCCGAAUCGCUUACGUUGCGCAACAACCGUGGGUUAUGAACGCUAGUGUCAGAGAAAACAUCGUCUUUGGGCACCGUUGGGAUCCUCAGUUCUAUGAGCUGACCGUCGAAGCCUGUGCUCUUGUUUCCGACUUCAAGACGCUUCCCGAUGGAGACCAGACAGAAGUCGGCGAGCGAGGCAUAUCCCUUUCCGGAGGUCAAAAAGCUAGGUUAACACUAGCACGAGCCGUCUAUGCUCGUGCUGAUAUUUAUCUGCUGGAUGACAUUCUUUCUGCUGUGGACUCUCAUGUCGGACGCCACUUGAUCAACAGAGUUCUAGGACCCAAUGGUGUACUAAACGGCAAAACUCGCAUUCUUGCCACAAAUGCCAUUACCGUUUUACCGGAAGCUGACUUCAUCGGUUUACUUCGUGAUCGGACAUUGAUCGAGAAAGGCACUUAUGAACAGCUACUGGCGAUGAAAGGCGAAAUAGCCAAUCUCAUUCGCACAUCGUCUACUGAUGACGACGAAGGAAGCUCUGAGGCUAGCAAAGGCGACGAUAAGAGCCCUAUUAGCCUUGACUCGACGGUUACUGAUGAGUCUGACUUUUCGGAAGUCGAAGAAUCUAAUGACGCAGUUGGUGUUCUGGAACCGAUCAAACCCCGUGGUAGAAAGUCUAGUAUGGCUACGCUGCGACGGGCCAGUACUGCAAGCUGGCAUGGCCCGCGCAGAGACACUACAGAUGAAGAAAAUGGUAUCAAAACGAAACAGUCGAAGGAGGUAUCCGAACAGGGUAAAGUUAGGUGGACUGUCUACAAGGAGUACGCUAAGGAAAGUAACUUGUAUGCUGUCACUUUCUACCUUCUCGCACUUCUGGCAUCCCAGUCAGCCCAAAUAGCCGGGGGUUUCUGGCUGAAGAAUUGGGCGGAAUUUAACGAAGUUGAAGGCGGGAACCCCCAGGUCGGGAAAUACAUUGGUAUUUACUUUGCUUUUGGCCUGGGUUCAUCCGCUCUAGUUGUUUUACAAACACUUAUUUUAUGGAUUUUCUGCUCUAUUGAGGCAUCUCGAAAAUUUCACGAACGUAUGGCCUACGCAAUUUUCAGAUCACCCAUGAACUUUUUCGAGACAACUCCUUCUGGUCGGGUUCUCAAUCGGUUUUCGAGCGAUAUUUACAAAGUGGAUGAGGUGCUGGCCCGAACUUUCAACAUGCUCUUUGUCAAUAGUGCUCGAGCUCUCUUUACCAUGGGCGUUAUUUGCAUAUCCACCCCCGCAUUCCUAGCCGUCAUCUUUCCCCUGGGCUUUGUGUACAUUUCCUACCAGAAAUACUACCUGCGAACAUCCCGUGAGCUCAAACGACUGGACAGUGUGAGUCGCAGCCCUAUUUAUGCACACUUUCAGGAGUCUCUAGGUGGUGUGUCCACUAUUCGUGCGUACAGGCAAAGCCAGCGAUUUACACUGGAAAACGAAUGGCGUAUGGAUGCCAAUAACCGAGCCUACUUCCCGUCUAUCAGUACUAAUAGAUGGCUCGCCGUUCGACUCGAAUUUAUCGGUUCAAUCAUUAUUUUUGCCGCUGCUACUUUUGCCAUCGUUUCGGUUGCCACCGGCAGCGGUCUGUCAGCUGGUAUGGUGGGUUUGGCAAUGUCUUACGCUUUGCAAAUUACACAAUCCUUGAAUUGGAUAGUAAGACAGACUGUAGAAGUCGAGACCAACAUCGUGUCAGUGGAACGAGUACUGGAAUACGCCAAUCUACCGAGUGAAGCCCCGGACGUGAUAUUCAAGAGCAGGCCAACUAUUGGAUGGCCAGCAAAUGGCGGUGUCUCAUUUAAAAACUACAGCACUCGUUAUCGCCCUGAACUUGAUUUGGUUCUCAAGGACAUCAACCUUGAUAUCAAGCCACACGAGAAAAUUGGUGUUGUUGGGCGUACAGGCGCCGGGAAGAGUUCUCUUACUUUGGCUCUCUUCCGUAUCAUUGAAGCAUCAGAGGGUGCUAUAGAUAUCGAUGGAUUAAAUGUGUCAUCUAUUGGACUUCUUGAUCUUCGUGGCCGCCUCGCGAUCAUCCCCCAAGAUCCGGCAAUGUUCGAAGGAACCGUUCGAGACAACUUGGACCCUCGACAUGUUCAUGAUGAUACCGAGCUGUGGAGUGUACUUGGCCAUGCGCGCCUCAAGGAACAUAUUGCCAGUAUGGACGGUCAACUCGAUGCCGCGAUUCAAGAAGGAGGAUCAAAUCUUAGUCAAGGGCAGCGACAGCUCAUUUCUUUGGCGCGAGCUUUGCUAACUCCAAGCAAUAUCUUAGUGCUUGAUGAAGCAACGGCCGCUGUCGAUGUGGAGACUGAUGCCCUUCUUCAAAAGACUUUGCGCAGCAGUAUCUUCAAAGACCGGACGAUAAUCACCAUUGCACACCGCAUUAACACUAUUAUCGACUCUGACCGUAUCGUUGUUUUGGACCACGGCUCUGUGGCCGAAUUCGACACGCCGGCGGAGCUCAUCCGAAAUGGUGGCAAAUUUCACGAACUCGUCAAAGAGUCCGGUCUUUUGGAGAGCGAUGCGGUUGCAACCCUUCUGGGUAACAAAUAG